UGGAGAAAUAUCGUUGAGUUUUUCCCCUCCCUAACUUAUUUUCCAACUCUUGGAAAAAGAACUGCUCAGCUUUGGCUUUGCUCCAAGAAAACCAAGAUCUGCUUCAGGACCAUGAACUUUGAAGUCCUGAAAUUAUAGCUAUUUGAUGACAGUCAGAGCUGUGAUCUUCCCUGAAUGAACAAUGCAGGCAAUUCAAACAGUGGAAAAAAAAGUCACUUUUAUAAGGGAAAUACUUUUUACAGAAUCUUUCAUAAAGAAACAAGAGCUCAGCAGAAACCCAGUGAAAAAGCAACUCUGUCAGGAGCAGCCAUUGGAAGGAGCUGUCUGCAGCUUUCAGUGCUGUACUGAGCAUGUCCUGGUGGAGCACAGUGCAAGCAGCACAUUAUGCAAAAAGGCAGCUCUAGCAGAUGGGAGAGAGGCACAGAACGCGUUUGCUUCCCUUGCACCACUGCUGCCUGAAAACAAACCUGGAUUACUUGAGAGGCUCUCGCCGUCAGGCCGAGUAAAUGAAAUCCAGCAACAUGGCUUGAUUUCUGAAGGGGCUGGAUUGCUAAAAAUCAUGGGGAACCAAGAUGGGAAGCUUAAGAAAAAUACAGGUGAUGUGCAUGAAGGAGAGGAUGCUUCUGGGCCCAAGGAUACAGAAGGCACAAAGAAGGUAGCAGGAAGCAAAAAGGGACUGGGGAAGCACGCUAAAGGAAGUGAAUCUGGCAAAAAGAAGGGUAAGUCAGACUCGAGGGCCUCGGUGUUUUCCAAUUUGAGGAUUAGAAAAAAUCUGUCCAAGGCUAAAGAUGGGACCAGCAGUUCAAGGGAGGAUGUGUUAGAAAGCCAGGCCUUGCAAACAGGGGAGCUCGACAGCACUCAUUCUAUUCUUACUAAAACUCCAGAUAUCAGUAUCUCUGCAGAUGAAGGGGGUCUCUCGGACACAGAUGUUGAUCAUUUUGAAAUUACAAAUGAAACUCGGCCAGCUGCUGCAGAGGCACAGGAUGGACAAAGGACCAGCUCCGGCUCCGAUACGGAUAUAUACAGUUUCCAUUCAGCCACAGAACAAGAGGAUUUGCUUUCUGAUAUCCAGCAAGCUAUUAGGCUGCAGCAGCAGGGGGCAAUUAACAUUAGAACUGAGGAGCAUGUCACCAAAACAAUGGACAGACACAUGGCUAAUUCUCAAGCAGCCCCCUUAGAUAUUGAACGGUUUCUUUCAGUAACCAGCAGUGACAAAGAGAGUAGCCCAGAAACGGAACAGGCUAUCUCGGCAAUAUCUGAAAUUGCAGAAAACAUUACAGCCAGUAAAACUGAAAGUGAACUGAAAGCAGCAGCUAAUAUGGGAGGGCCUCCUUGUGAUAACCUAUUGACCGAGGAGCAGGAACGCCUUGCUGCUGGAGUGAAUGGGGUAGCUAACGAAGUAAAAGAUCACCCAGAUUUAGAUGCAGCCGUGAUAGAAAAUGGAUCUCUGGUAAAUGGUUCCACUUUCCAUUUUCCAACCUCAGCAACAGAUUCAGAUACUACAAUUAGAGAAGUGCAAGCUGUUGAUUUCCCAGGCUCUGUGAAAGAUGAUGCUAUUUCAGACGCAGGCCAUGAUCCUGCCACUCAGACUCAGGAAGGGAAAUGCAGCACAUCAGCCAGCCAAGAGGCAUUGGAUAGCAGUUUGCCUACUGAAAUGAAAAAUGGCACUUUGUCCUCUGAGGGGAUAGCGGGGAGCCCUGCACUAAGUUCCCGAUGCUUCAAGCCCUAUCUCAUUAACCCGUGUUAUGUCAAAACCACAACCAGGCAGCUGAGUUCUCCAAACCAUUCACCUUCUCCAUCCCCAUCGCAGAGCCCACUUUUCACAAGGAAGGAUGAGUUCUUCCACAAAAAGGAAAAGGCA